AUGCCCAACUACUACGACGAGCUCGAGAUAGAGGACUUUGCAUGGGACCCGGUGGCAAAUGUCUUCCAUUAUCCUUGUCCGUGUGGAGACCGCUUCGAAAUCUCCAAGGGCCAGCUGCGAGACGGCGAGGAGAUUGCUAUCUGCCCUAGCUGCAGUCUCAUAGUUCGGGUUAUCUAUGACUAUCUGGAUUGGGAGGAUUACGUGACAUCAGAUGAAGAUGGCGAGCUAGAUGAGGAAGAGGUUGAAGAGGAAGAGGAAGAGGACGAGGAUGGAAAAAAUCAGGGCAAGGACGAAGACAUCACUCCUGAAACCAGUGUCUCCCCUGCCACCGAGGCCGCCGAGACCAAGCCCAACACCCCACCAUCGCCUAGCCAGUCACAUGGCGAUCUCGCUUCUCAACUAGGCGACAGACUCAAUAUAUUAGGGGGAGACCAGAGGGACACAAAGGGUGAAGCAGAACGAGACUCUGGCGUUGCUACAAGUGACAGAUAG